CGAAUCUUCCGCUUUUUUAUCGACCAGUACCAGCCGCUGCUCCGCUAAUCUUUUCACCUCCACCACUUUUCUCAAUUACUCUUCUUGCCGCCCAUCUUCUCCGUAUUCUCACCUAUCUUGCUUGCGGCCGACCAAAUUCUCAGAAAGCACACGCAGCGCAACAACUGCUCGACGAAAUGCCCCAGCCGGAGCGAGACAGAAGCAACGGCGGCGCGAUGAUCGUUCGCGUCCGCAGCCGUGAUGGACUCGAGCGUGUCGGAGUUCCGGACCCAAACUCCGCCACCGUGGGUACCCUCAAAAACCUAAUUCAGUCCCAACUCGGCGUUCCUGUUCCCUCCCAGACCCUCUCCCGCGACCGUAACCUCCUCAUCGCCAAGUCCCCUGUCGAGGUGGCUUCUCUCUCUGACCUCACGGACCCAUCCAUGCCGCUCUCCGCCCUCGGCAUCUCCCAUGGUUCGUUCGUCUUCCUUUCCUAUGAGGGACUGCGAACCGUUCCCGGUCCUGUUGGUUCCGCCACCGUGACACCCGCCGGAUCCUUCGGCCGCAAGAUGACGAUGGACGAUCUCAUUGCCCGUCAGAUGCGUGUCUCUCGACAGGAGAAUCCUCAUUGCGAAUCAGCUUCGUUUGAUCGGGAUGCCGCCCACGCUUUCCAGCUUUAUGUCAACGAGACCCUUGCAUUCGCCAUCAAGCGCGGGGGAUUCAUGUACGGCCGCAUCGGGGAGGGGGGCGCAGUCGAGGUUGACUUCAUCUACGAGCCACCGCAGGUGGGCACGGAGGACAUCCUUACACUCUUGAGGGAUCCAGAGGAGGAGAAGCUCGUGGACGCGAUCGCAACUGGGCUGGGGAUGAGAAGGGUGGGGUUUGUCUUCACGCAAGCUGUGGGAAGGGAGGGGAAGGGAGAGUACACCAUGUCAAGUAGGGAGGUUAUUCAGGCAGCAGAACUGCAGGCCGAGGGCGGGAUUGAGGAGUGGGUGACGGCCGUGGUGAAACUAGAAGUAAACGAGGAUGGGGCAGCGGAUGUGCACUUCGAGGCGUUUCAGCUUAGUGAUAUCUGCGUUAAGCUUUUUAAGGAGGGAUGGUUUGAUACGGAAGCCGUUGAUGGUGAUCCGAAGGUGUCUAAGAUGAAGAAGGAUGUGGUUGUUGGGACUAAGGAUGUCAGAGAGGUGGAUAAUGACUUCUUCUUGGUUCCAGUGAAGAUCUCAGAUCAUCAGGUGAAUCGGUUUCUCUAGUUCUAUUUCUAAAUU